AUGGAGUUAUGUGAAUGCGAUCUCAAUGUAUUGAUUGAGUCCAUGAAAAAGAUAUUUAAGUCUAAAGACAAUGUAGAGCCCAACCAUUUCGAGUACUUCGUGUCGUAUAGUAUAUUCUAUGAGAUAGCACAGGGAAUCCAUUAUAUCCACUCAUUCAACCCCCACCCCAUUAUGCACCGGGACCUCAAGCCAUCUAAUAUUCUAAUGGACAAGAAUGGCGUAUUGAAGCUAGCAGAUUUUGGUCUGGCUAAGGUGGUAGAAGGGUCGGUGACACAUACAUCAGUAGUAGGCGCCGCUUUUUAUAGGGCACCCGAAGUUGGUAACGGUUUGGGUUCUCACUACAAACAAUCGGCCGAUAUGUAUAGCCUGGUUUAUCCGAACCAAGUGAAACUGGAAGGAUUCAAACUUUGGCAAAUAUUAUAAAUAAAAUGAUCACGGUUAAAUUUAGUGCUCGACCAAAUAGUGAGCGACUGCUAGAAAUGCUGCGCGAAAUUGAGCCAGUUGAUAUGGAAACAAUUUUGGCCGAGUACCUGGAUUAUACUGAUGAGUUACAAAAUGAUAAACACAAAAAUCUGUAUACAUACAUAUCCAUCAAAAUUGAUAAUCUAAUAGCAAAAUAUUUGAUUUAAAUGAUAUUAUUAUUACAAUUUAAACUUAUUUAUUUGACAAAUAAAAACUGAGCAG